AUGGUAUUAGAUUAUGACAGUGAUCUUCUAAGUAAACAAACUGCGUUAAUGUCUUGUGGGUUAAAUACAGAAGUUAAAAGAAAACGAAAUGAUGAAUUUAAAAGAGAAAUAAUUAUCAUUUCUGAAAGUAAUAGUGACGAUGAGUUGCCAGAAGUUGAAACACUUCUUUUGAAUAUUUUUAAAAAACAAAAACUACUAGAUAAAAAGACUGAAAAGAAACCUGUCACCAAAAAUGAUGAAUUUAUAUUCAUAACAAAUGAUAAAAACAAGAUUAUUAUAGAAAAUACUUUGAUAUUAUUAGAAAUUGAUAGGAAUAAUUUUAUUAGUGAAGUCAUCAUUUCAGAAAUGAGUGUACAACUAAUUAUGGAAGAUUUAAAUGUCGAUUAUGAAUUAGGUAUUGAGAUUCGUAAAUUUAGUUCUGAAUAUGGUUCAGUACAUUUUAUCAGUAAUGAAGAUCUUUCGUACAGUUCUGUGGAAAUAAAUGCAUUUAUGGAUAAGGUAACUAAAGAGCUUAUGGAUGAUCCAA